AUGUUAUGCUCAGGUGCAGCUAAAAUCUCUUUGUUUUGCAUUAGCAGGCAACCUCAUGGAGAUCAGCCAUAUAUUGAAAAUUUUACUGAACCUAGUGAUGGAAAGCUACAAUAUAGUAAUCAAAAGGUUAUAAGGUACUAUGAACGUAAAGUCCAUAAUUUAAAAUCUAAUUACUGGGAAUCUCAAAUGAAAGAGGCUAUCGAGAAUAAGCAACUUUGCCUUGUUAUUGGUGAAGUUAGGAGGUAUCCAGAUAAUUUGGGCUCUACAAAGGGUAUACUUGGCCAUUACAUAUCAUUUUCAGUUGAUGUUAAUGACGAAGUUAUCAAAAAGCUUCAAUAUAUAGGGAUAUCAUCAGCUGGCACUGAGUUUAUAAGAGGGAAAUUAUUGGAAAGAUUUGAGGGUAUUAUCACAGGUAUCCCGGAUGUUGUUCCUAAAGAAAAUAUUAUAUCAUAUCUUCACCAGAUCACAUCUACAAAAUCAUCUCAUUUAAGUACAAUCAAUCUCACAAACGGGAAUAAAAUCCCAGCAGCUGGUUAUAUUUCCAACAAAAGAUUGAUUUUUGUUUAUGGAUAUAAAGUGCCGCAAUCAAAAGCAUGGAUUGAUAAAGCAAUUAGUAUUAGCUCUUACGUAGAAUAUAAUAGUGCCGAUAAGGUUCCCUAUAUCGAUGAUUUUAUUGAACCUGAUGAUGGAAAACUUAUUUUUAGAAAGAAUGUUGUAUACAAAUAUUUUGAAAGAAAGGUCUACGAUUUAAUGGGAUCUUGGGAAGAAGGCACUCAAAAUGCUCUUAAACAUAGACAAUUAUUUUUAAUUAUUGACGGUGUCAGAAGAUAUCCAGAUAACAACGGUAUUAAUAAAGCACCAAGAGGAUUCUUUCUAACAUUUUCUAUCAUCUUCGACGAGGUUCAAGCUAGACAAAUUGAGUAUGUAAACAUUAAGCGUACCAGUAGCAGUAUUAAGAAAGGAAUUAACGGUCAAUCGAUUGAUUGCUAUAGCGCUAGAGUCAAAGGCUUAUGGUCACCUAAUCCUAUACCUGUUGGUGAUGUGAAUACUUACUUAUCCAAGCUAAUAUGGCAAAAUCUUGCCAAUGUGGGAUACAUGAGAAAUAAUAACGGUCUAACGAUAAAAAUUAACAAGUGCACUAGUGUUAAAGGAAAUCUUAUGGUUUAUGGAUGUUGUCUAAAACCAUUAAGACAUGGCCAAGAUGUUCAAUGUAAUUUACCGCCAUCUCCAUCUGCACCGGUUGAAGAUCCAGCCACAAAUAAUGAUAAAGAUUCGUCAGUCGAUUUUGAGCUUACUAAUGAAGCCCCAAUUAAGAUGCAAAAUUCUAAUACUACUAAUGCAUCACAUACCAUAGUGGAAUCAGAACAAGAUGUCAACGUGUUUCAUUUAUUUAUUAACAUUCUCAAACAAUACGGGACCGACAAUGAAAAAUCACUAGGAUGGAGCGGUAAACCCUAUUCUUGCUAA